AUGGCUGACUUGCCUAAGGAUCGCAUUGCGGCCUCACGCGCCUUUAUUGUCACUGGUGUAGACUAUUGUGGGCCGUUCUAUUAUAAGCCAGAAAUGCGUAACAAGUCCCCUCAAAAAUGUUACGUUAGCGUUUUUAUCUGCUUCGCAACAAAAGCCGUCUGGAUGGAGUUAGUGAAGGACUUAUCGACCAGCGCCUUUAUCGACGCUCUAAAGAGAUUUGUUGCUACUCGUGGCGUACCCAGCUGCAUUUGGUCAGAUAAUGCAACCAACUUCGUAGGCGCAAGAAACGAGUUGAGUGAUUUGCGACGCCUAUUUUUAAGCGAGGAGCAUCGCAGCGAGGUCCAUAACCACUGUCUCAACAACGGGUUUGAUUGGCGAUUCAUCCCGCCCCGCUCGCCGCACUUCGGCGGCUUGUGGGAAGCAGCCGUAAAAACAGCUAAGCAGCACUUUUAUCGUUCGGUUGGCUCUUCACUUCUUGGCUUUGACGAAUUGCGCACUCUGGUAUGUCAAAUCGCUGCUGUUAUUAAUUCUCGUCCUCUUGUACCACUUUCAGAAAAUCCAGAGGAUUUAGACGUAUUGACGCCAGGGCAUUUCCUGAUUGGUGGUCCCCUAAUAGCUCUACCUGAACCUGACCUGAGACAUUUAAAUUGUAAUCGUCUUGACCGAUGGCAGCGCGCAACUCACGUGCACUAA